UAGGGUGUUUGAGGGGCAGGUGAGCGCUCACCCCUGGUUUUCUUUGCUCUUCUCCAUCCCUUUCCCAGGUCUGGAUCCCCUGCACCAGCUGGGGUGAUAACGGGCCGCUAUGGGGGUUAAAACAAUGCUCCCCAGCUACGAGCUGGGGUUUUAUGCUCUCACCGUGACGUGUGCUGUGGUGUACAGCAGCAGCGGGAUCUUCGAAGCAUCCAGAGACAGCAUGAACAGAAAGGCCUUUCGGGAUGGCAUAAAGCCAGGCUGGCACUACUUCGGCAGGAAGAUGGACGUGGCCGAUUUCGAGUGGGUGAUGUGGUUCACCUCAUUCAGGAACGUCAUCAUCUUCGCCCUCUCGGGACAUGUCCUCUUCGGCAAGAUCUGCUCCAUGACUGUGCCACAGCACCGGGCCGUGGUGUACAUGCUGUAUGGGGUCCUGGCCGUGCUGGGCAGCAUGGGGCUCGUCUACCUGAUGAUCAUCCUCUCCCACUGCCUUGUCCUCUACUCCGUUGCACUGGCCAAGCAGAAGUGGCUCUGCUACGUGGCAGGGCUUUGCUGUCUCGCCUCCUUCAAGGUGGAGCCAUUCAGCUCCUGGCAGAGCGGGUUUGUAACAGGAGCUUUUGAUCUUCAAGAUGUCCUCUUCUAUGGAGGAAGUGGCUUCACCAUCAUGCGCUGCAUGAGCUUUGCACUCGAGAGCUCUGAGAGGAAAGAGGGCAUCUACUCCAUCUUUGACCUCCUCAAGUACAACUUCUACCUCCCCUUCUUCUUCUUCGGGCCUGUCAUGACGUUUGACCAGUUCCAUGCCCAGGUGAGCACCCGAGAGCUGAGACGCAAAGAUGAUGAGAUGAGGAGCAUCCGGGUCCAUGCUCUUCUCCACAUGGGGGCCAUCAUUGCUGUGGACAUCUUCUUCCACUUCUUCUACAUCCUCACUCUUCCUUCUGACCUGAAGUUUGUGAACCGCCUCUCAGACUGGUCCUUGGCUGGCUUGGCCUACUCCAAUUUGGUGUAUGACUGGGUGAAAGCUGCUGUCAUGUUUGGGGUCAUCAACACCAUUGCCAGACUGGACCACUUGGACCCACCCCAGCCCCCAAAAUGCAUCACCAUGCUCUAUGUCUUCGCAGAAACGCAUUUUGACAGAGGGAUUAAUGACUGGCUAUGCAAGUACGUGUAUGACCACAUUGGAGAGAACCACGACAACAUCAUGAAGGAGCUUGUGGCCACCGUCGCCACCUUUGCCGUCACCACCCUGUGGCUGGGGCCCUGUGAGAUUGUUUACAUCUGGUCUGUCUUCAACUGCUUUGGCCUCAACUUUGAGCUCUGGGUGCAGAAGUUCUUUCAGAGGGAGCCUUUUGCCAAACUGGAGGCCAAAAUGUCAGCAGCCAUGUCUCGGCGGAUUAGGGCAGCUUUUGGGGCAGCAAAUUUCUGGGCCAUCGUCCUCUACAACAUCCUAGCACUCAACAGCCUGGAGUUUGCUCUGCUGGUCACCAAGAGACUCCUUCUGACAGGUUUCCCUGUCAGCACCUUGUCCAUCUGGUUCAUCACGUACUGCGGAGUGCAGCUGAUCAAAGAGCGUGAGCGCAUCCUGGCCAUUGAGGAGGAGAAGUGUGACAAAGCAAAGGUGGAGUAGAGGGAGGCAGCGGCAGGCUUGUCCCAAAGCCUCAUCUCCCCUCCAGCCACCGCUGCCAGGCCAGCCACUGGCAGGGGCUCUCCAAGCACUCCUGACAAUCGAACUGCUGUAGCUCACCCAUGUAGAAGUCACCUGGAAGGCGCAGGUCACCCCCUUGCUGCAGGAAAGAUUUUCUAUAGGACACAGUGAGCGUUUCUCAGGCUCCCCGUGCACGGCAGAUGGCUGAGGCAGGCUCCCGGGACAUUUCUUUAAUGCCAGCAAACCCCACCCUUUUUCUGACCCUCUGACAUUGUGCAGAGCUAGAGAUUUCACCCCCUGCUUCCCAUAACUCUUGGUCCACCAGCACUCAGCUCUCCCACAGGACCUGUAGCCCAUGUCUCCCAGAGGAGACUCUCCAAGUCCUGCAGCUGGAGGCUUUAGGGUGGACCACGCAUCCAGGACUGAGAAAGGGAUUAGCUAGAGUUGAGCCUGCUCUGAGAAAACCAUCUCCAGGUCAUUUCCAGCUCAAGCAUCCCAUGUUUCUUUCACUACAAGAAAUGGUCAGCCUCCACUGUCAAGUGCAUCUCUGGUUGUGCAGUAAGGAAUAUAUGAUCUAUACCUACCAAGAGGCUAAUAAAUAAAUAGCAGAGUCUUUAUAGCAAAGGGAAGGAGGAUCAGGAACAGCAUGUUGAAGGGUAAUUAUCUUCCCACCACUGUCAGCGGUGCAGAAUGAUAGCUGUUAUGAUGCUGCAAAACAGGCCCCUUCAGUGCUAAAUGUCUUGAAAAAAAUGAUUUAGUGCCAACAUUAGACAUAGUUAAUAAGAAUGAGGGAGCCAUACCCACUUCACAGGCAUCGCGCAUUGGGUACGGGUCACCUGAAAAGCAGGCAUGCUGAAGAAACACAACACACGGCUCACAACUCUUGCUCCACAGGCCCCAAUUCAGACCCAAAGGGCCCUCUGCUGCUGGGCCUGAGACCGAUGUAUCACAGCAAGGUGGUCGUGGUGGCCACGUGUCCUGGGACUCAAAACCAAAUUGCAUUUUUUUACAUGUCAUGGACAACAAAGGUUUAAGCUCACAUUCCUGCCCAUGGCAGAGGAACAGAAGAUGCUGUAGCCAACUCUUGCUCGUCUCUAUCCAUCCGUCCCUUUGCUCAACGGCCUUCAGUGCACAUAGCCGAAGCCCAUGACUGCAUGGCUGUAUGAGCACACACGCAUAUGUACAACCAAAGGAGAAAGACUCUGAUUGCAGAGCGGUGAUUUGGGACCUUGUGGUGGAGGGAAACCCUACUGCUUGGAGAAGUAGACUUUGGGACGCUGCAUAGUGAGUGCAUUGACUAAAUGAACAUGUGUGAAACACAGUGCCUUGGGGGGAAAAUGGGUUAAUAACUGGAAAAUAGCUCUGUCUCUCUUACACUUUAGAAUAAUUUUCAGUGGCCUUAUGUCUGAGUUCUGCUGAUGUUUGGGGAGGGCAGAAUCUGGACCACUUUGUAAUGUGGGUUGAGAUGCUUGGUGUUGGUGUGUUCUGGCUUCUGGAUGAAAGAGGAUUGGUUCGCAGACAGCUUCUAGCUCUGCCAAAGCUAUUUGUGAAG